AUGAGAAGGGAGGACCCAGUGAAGUAUCUAGUUGAACAUGGAGCCGAUAUCGAAGUUGCUAAUCAGCAUGGCCAUACUUCGCUUAUGAUAGCCGCGUAUCGCCAGAAAGCUGAUGUGGUCAAAUACCUUAUAAAACCUAGCAAGAGUUCUGGGAUACUUUCAGGAAAUACGGCCAUGCACGAUGCCGUAGAAGGCGAGAGUGUUGACGUUUGCGCACUGCUUCUCAAUGCCGGUGCUCGUCUUGUACCGGAUGAGUUCGGUGUUUGUCCUCUGAUGUGUGCCGUCAUGAUUGGAGCAGAUUGGAUCCUACCAAUGCUAUUGGAACAUUGUGAAUCAGGAGAGAAACGCCGGGAUGCCCUCAAACUGUUAGCGCUGUGCACGAGAGUUGACAAAAAGAUGGAUAUGGUAGGAGCCAUUGAGGCAUGGAAUGAUGCGCUAAAAGUGCCGUUAACAGAGGAGGAAGCGAAGCAUGUCAGUGGUUUGAUUUUUCCAGAAAAAUCGUUUUAA